AAUUUGAAAAGUCCUUUACUCGAAGCAAAGCAACAAGAAAUUUGUGAACUAACGCGUGGUCUGCGUCUCUCGAAGUGCGCGUGGACCUCCGCAAAAACGCUUCCAAAACUUUCCUUCUCAGUUUAAUCGGAAGCACUGUAGAAAACCGUGCACAGCGCACAGUCCUUCCAAGUCACCUACCCUCCGUUCCACCCAUCCAUCGCAAAUCCCGACCUUUUUACUGGGAGGUAUAUGUUUACUUUUUUCCCAAAGGAUUGAAAAGGAGAUGUAUGAGUUUGGAGAAGAGUUGCUAAUUGAAAGCUACAAGGUACCAUGGCUAAUUUGGAUUCAGCUUCUUGUUAUGGUCCUCCUCUUUCUUCUUCUCUUCUUUGGCUUCAGCGUUUUCUCUCUCGAUCUUUCCAAUAACUCCGCCUCCACUUCUGGCGCCGGUGGGUCUUCGUUUUCGGCCGGAAGUGACAACGGAUUUGGUGACGGAAGGCAGGCUCACCGCCCCGAGCAGAUGGAUGAGAAAGUAUUGGAUUGCAGGGGCAGGAUGGGAACCAUCAUAACGAGGCAAGUGUUGAAGCAAGUAUAAGCACAGACGUCAUAAGAAGAGAAGAAAGGGACAAUGGAUCUUCAUUUGUAAAAGAUGAACUCCACCAUUCAAGGCCUCCUGGGCAUCCAUGUCACUUUCUUGGAGUAGCUAAGCAAGCUUUCCUUAAGUGCUUGGGCCUGGAUUGCUGUUCUGGAAGUCCUAACAAUAGAAAACACGGGAAAGAAGACUAAUGUGUGUUCCCUCCCCUUCUCUCUCUCUCUCUCUCUCUCUCUCUCUCUCUCUCUCUCUCUCUCUCUCUCUCUCACUCCAGUACUGUGGCCCAAGCUACAAACUUCCCACUUUGAACACUUUGGCUAUGUUUUGUUUGACCUUGAAGUUUUGAAGGAUUAUUACAUUUGAUCAAGGGUAUGUUUGGAGUCUGUACAAUGCUAGGGAAAGGAAAACAAAUGGAUUCUGUUUGGAUUUUUACCUUGAUAGUUUAAAAAUGAAUAUGAUUGACUUGAUUGCCAUAUAUUUAGAUCUCAUAAUCUUCAAAUAAUAGAGAACUAUAAAUAAAUUAAAUGUACUUGAACCAAAAUUUAGAAUGACUUUUUCAAGUUUGAUCUUAUAUUUAUUUUCUCCCUUACUUUCUUCCCUUGUUGUAUUAUCUCUACUUCCCCCAAAUUCCCGGGGUCCAAACAUACCUCAAACAAUUUUACAGAAAUAUAACAGAAAUAUAUGAAUAAAAUCAGUUUGGACAAACAUUAAAAAUUUAGUUUAUUGAGUUUAAACACUUCUCCUCCCCCAAAUAUCUUUUGCUGCCGAAUUUCUCAUAUAUUUUCCUGUCUAUUUUCUUCCGCUAGCAUUUUCUGUGUUCAAAACAGACCGUUGUGUUUGAAUGAUAGCUUCCUUUGAACUUGACUUGAGUAAGCUUUUAACUGUUCAGCAGGUAAUUAGCUAUGGCACAAAAUGAUCAAUAAGGAGAACCAGAUUGCCCUCUUAAUGCUGAUGCUGAUCACUAUUUCCUUGACAGCCUGAAUUCUAACCCUUUAUAUGUAUGUACUGAAUUACAUCUCGACUCCUUCACAUGCAACUGUAAGCUUACAUACUACGGAGUAUAUAGCAAGCAACUGUAAUUUUACAUUGUACAAUUUGUCUAACUACUCAGCUAAUGAUUCGCAAGCCAUCAACCGUCAUUUAUAUUUGGUUCUAUUCAAUUAUUCAUUGAUGGUUACAUAAGAUCAUCUGGCAGUUGCCACUUAUCACUGUACUGAAGUGUGUUCUAUUAUAUAUUUCCAGAAACCAUGUUUCAUGUUUAUGUCUUUC